CUUUUCACCCAAAAUUAUUUCACCUGCUCACUGAGCAAAGGGGUGAGCAAAGGUGAGCAGAUAGAGUCGCUCCCCACCCCCGUCGCCCUCCUAAAGCUCUCCUCUGUCAACGUCCAGAAUUCUCUUCGCAAUAUGGCGCCAAGACUCCCUCUCUCCAAGCUCGAAAUGGUCCAGAACAUGAUAUCAAGCAAAUCGCUGACUACAUCGCAAAUGGCUAAAGCUGCUGAAUGUAGUAAGCGUUCUAUAAUCAACAUCAGCAAUAACCUCCGCCGAUUCGGAAAUGUCAGAGCACCCCCAGCUCGAGUCGGUCGACGACGAAGCAUCACACCUCCGAUGAUAGAAGCACUAUGUGAUCGCCUCCUCGAAAAACCCGGGCUAUACGUCACAAAUUCGAGCCUCAAGCGGGCUCUCGCAUCGGUAAAUUGGUCGAAGAAGGUGGCUCGACAGAGAGCAAAGGAACAGAAUGCGGAUUUACGAGAUUCCUAUUUGCACUAUCUGUCGGACUUUAAGUCGUAUCACUUAGUCUAUGUGGAUGAGUCUGGAUGUGAUAAACGGAUCGGGUUUAGACGGACAGGUUGGUCUCCGUUAGGCACAGCGCCAUUGCAGGUAGCCAAAUUUCACCGCGACCAACGGUACCAGAUCUUGCCUGCACAUUCUGGCGUUGAUAUCCAGGCUCAGAAUUCAAUGACUAGACCAGCGAUAUAG